AAACGAACGCGGACCGUUUAAGCAGAUUGCCUAAAGGCCCACCAACCGCAUUUAUCAGUCGAAAGCGUGACCUCGAGAACUCAACGCAUAUAGUUCGCGCCGUUGCUUUUCCACGACACUGACACUGACACUUGUUGACAGUUCCGCGAGUGGGCUCGGAAAGUUGCGGAAGCAGCGCCGAUAACAUAAUAAGAAAGACCGUUAAUCAGACCACCAAGUUGCGCGCCCUCAAACAAGCCUCGUAUUUUGAACAGCAACUCUUUCGAACUAGUACAAGAAUAAAACAAUACAAAAAAACUGUAAAUAAUUUAUAUUGGCAUACAGCGCUCACUGUAUCGCGUAACGGCGGCAACAAAGUUAUAAUUCCUCAAACCGUUUUGUUGACUUUUUACCAAAACAAGUGUUUCAUUCACGCGCUUAACUCAAUACGCUCGCUAUUUGCAUAAUAUUUAAUGUUGUCUCGUUGUCUCUUAUAUUAUCUGCAAAUUAUCUGCGUUGCCGUUAUCAGACGAAUCUGUCGCAAGUGAAAAACACGAACAUAAGUGUGUGUGUGUGUGUGCAAUUCUUAGUAAAAGUUAGCGAUUUAGUGAAGUACCUAUCUAAAAACAGUGUGAGCUACGGUUAGUUAGACGUUCAUUAAAGGCGAUCAGUCGGAAUUGUAUCAUAUCGGCGGUACGGUAAUGAACAAAAUGUCGCAUAAACGAACACCGAUCUGCAAUAUCUUGCUACUGCUUCUACUACUCAAUGGCAACCAGUGUGUCUUGGCACUCUUUGAGGGCUGCGACAACACAUUCACCAUAAACCCCGGUAUAACGUAUAUACAAUCUCCGUUUUACCCCAACACAUAUCCGCCAUGGACUUCCUGUCGCUAUCAGAUUAUUGCACCAGUGGACACUACCAUCGAGGCCAAUUGUUCUAUUGAUUUGCCAAGUAGCGGCGGUCAAUGCACAACUGAGUAUUUCUAUGUGAGCACCGAAGGCGAUCCCCAAUUACGCGAUUCGGAACAAUUCUGUGGUGAGGGCACAUUUUCGCGCGUUUCAAUGUUUCGUAAGCUAACUUUGGCAUAUGCCUCCUAUGGAUCCACGGGCCGAUUCCUUUGUUCGUUAACGGUGCGACCGCAGCAAUGCGAAUGCGGUUGGUCGAUGUCCACGAAAAUCGCCAAUGGCCAGAAAGCCGGCACCAAUGAGUUCCCAUUUAUGGUUGGACUGCAGAACCUGGGAUUGUCCGACAUGCUCAUCUACUGUGGCGCCACCAUUGUCUCGCAUAAACACAUAGUCACCGCCGCUCACUGUGCUGAUAUACAACGUAAUGCUUCUCUAGUAUUAGCGCACGUUGGCUUCACAGACAUAUCGGAAGUGGGCACGUCUCGUUAUUCGGCAUCUUAUGGUAUUGAAAGAAUCAUUAUACAUGAAGGCUACACCACCGAUCCGCCCGUCAAUGACAUCAGUGUAUUUGUAACCAAAAUAUCGAUAGAAUGGGAACGCGGCGUUGGACCGAUCUGUCUUCCACCAGCCGGUUCCUCGAGCUUUUCCUACAAAACCGUGGACGUUGUCGGUUGGGGCACCCAAAGCUUUGCCGGUCCGACCUCAAAUUCGCUAAUGAAGGCUAAUCUUAUGGUGGUGGAGAACUCUGUGUGUCAGGAAAGGUAUGAUGUAACAAUUUAUCCCUCUCAAAUCUGCACCACCGACUACUCCGGCCAAGGGCGCGAUGCUUGUCAGUACGACUCGGGCGGUCCGGUGGUCCUCCGCCUAUCACGCAUGUUUUUCGUUGGCUGCAUUAGUUUUGGCCAGGCCUGCGGUCAGCCGUAUGGCACCGGCGUGAAUACGCGCAUCACCUACUUUACGAACUGGAUUCGGCAAGUGACUGGUUACACGACCUGCGUAAGACCACUGGGUUCCGCGAAAUUGGGGUAUUUGCAAAUUUUGUGGGGAAACGCUUUCUACAGCGAAGAGACAUUAAUACUUACGGUACAGUCGUCGCGUACAAUAAGUCUUGAAAUGGUCUCGCUGCGCUUUUCUCGAGGAUCUCGAGCUAAUUUGCGACACUUUAUGCUGAUAGUGCUUUAUCUGUUGGCUCAAUUUACUACAGUCAAAACACAAAUGAGUUGCAUUACACAGGACUAUUAUCUGCCUUCCAAUCAGCAGGUGUUCAAUAUCACAUCCCCGAAUUAUCCAAGCGCCUACAGACCGGGUACAAAUUGCCGAUUUCGUAUAAUUGCGCCCUAUUCGCAUGUGGUGGUGCUGAACUGUAUCUUCGAAGUGUAUCCAAACACAUGCGGCACGGAGUACUUCUACAUCUCCCGUGAUGGCGAUUUGGAUUUCCGUGAGGGCGAGACCUUCUGCACCAAUUCGAAUAUAGUGCGCAAUUCGUAUUUUCGUCCCAUGACCGUGGGUUAUUACUCAUCCUCACUGAGCACCAACCAGCAGGGUCGCUUCUUCUGUCAGGCAUAUGCACGGCGACAGCCCUGCAACUGUGGCUGGACCACACAGACGCGCAUCACAAAUGGACAAGAAGCGACCAAGCACGAGUAUCCUUCGAUGGUGGCUCUACGAGACAUCGGCUCUUCGCAGCAGAUCUUCUGCGGUGGCAGUAUAGUGAGUAAUCGCCAUAUUAUGACGGCGGCGCACUGUAUAAGUGUACAACCCGAUCCGCGGAGAAUCAUCGCCUAUGUGGGAGAUCACGACCUAAGCAGCACUACCGAAUCCAUUUUCGCCGUACAACAUCGCUUCCAGCAAGUUGUCAUACAUCCCAAUUAUGCCUCGACGGCUAACAGUGUCGUUAACGAUUUGGCUUUACUGAUCACCAUAGCACGCAUCGAAUGGUCACGUGGUGUUGGACCGAUCUGCCUGCCAUUACUACAAUCCUCGGAUUUAUUCACCUACCGCACAGUAGAUGUCACCGGCUGGGGCACAACUUCAUUCGCCGGUCCCAAGUCUAACACGCUGCAGAAAGUCGAGCUGAUGACUGUCGAGAACAGCGCCUGUGAGACCCAGUUCAAUACGACCAUCACCGCGGCACACAUUUGUACGCACGAUUAUCGCGGUUUAGGGCAGGACUCGUGCCAAUUUGACUCUGGCGGCCCGGUCAUACUUCGACAGCAGCAACAACUCUCACAACCGACGCGCAUGUAUGCGCUCGGCGUAAUCAGCUAUGGUGGCACGUGUGGUGCGCGCUAUGCGGUGGGUGUGAACACGCGGCUCACUUCGUAUCUCCGCUGGAUCUGGAACUAUUUACAAAAUGCUGGAGGCGUGUGUGUGCCUUAGGUUCAUGGAUGCGAUUAUAAAAUAUAGUUGUAGAAUGAAAGAGAAAUAAAGGAGAAAAUGUUCUGAAGUCGA